UGACAGCGCGGCGGCGGCGGGGCCGGGGCAGCGGGAGCGCCGCCGCCGAGGACCAUGAGGAAAUUUAACAUCAGGAAGGUGCUGGACGGCCUGACGGCGGUCUCUGCCGUCGCCUCGGCGUCGUCCGCCGCGCAGCAGCAGCAGGCGGGGAACCGGGAGACCGAGAUCCAGGAGACGCUCCAGUCCGAGCACUUCCAGCUCUGCAAGACUGUACGCCACGGUUUCCCCUACCAACCUUCAGCCUUGGCAUUUGAUCCGGUUCAGAAAAUACUGGCCAUUGGGACUCAGACUGGAGCACUAAGGCUCUUUGGUCGGCCAGGAGUUGAAUGCUACUGUCAACAUGACAGUGGAGCUGCAGUAAUCCAACUUCAGUUCCUGAUUAAUGAGGGAGCUCUAGUGAGUGCCUUGGCUGAUGACACGUUACACCUGUGGAACUUGCGCCAGAAGAGGCCGGCUAUCCUUCAUUCCCUCAAAUUUAACCGGGAACGGAUAACAUUUUGUCACCUGCCUUUCCAAAGCAAAUGGCUAUAUGUGGGCACUGAAAGAGGAAACAUUCACAUUGUCAAUGUGGAAUCAUUUACUCUCUCAGGCUAUGUCAUCAUGUGGAAUAAAGCCAUUGAACUGUCAUCCAAAUCUCACCCAGGACCUGUUGUCCACAUUAGUGACAAUCCAAUGGAUGAAGGAAAGCUUCUGAUUGGCUUUGAAUCUGGGACGGUGGUAUUAUGGGACCUGAAGUCAAAGAAGGCAGAUUAUAGAUAUACACAUGAUGAGGCUAUCCACUCUGUGGCUUGGCAUCAUGAAGGCAAACAAUUCAUUUGUAGUCACUCAGAUGGUACCUUGACUAUAUGGAAUGUAAAAUCUCCUACCAAACCAUUCCAGACAAUCACUCCACAUGGAAAGCAGCUGAAGGAUGGAAAGAAGCCAGAACCCUGUAAACCUAUCCUUAAGGUGGAAUAUAAAACAACUAGAGCUGGGGAGCCUUUCAUCAUUCUCUCAGGAGGCUUGUCAUAUGACACUGUAGGAAGAAGACCCUGUUUAACAGUCAUGCAUGGGAAAAGUACUGCUGUGCUAGAAAUGGAUUAUUCUAUCGUUGAUUUUCUAACCCUGUGUGAAACUCCAUAUCCUAAUGACUUUCAGGAACCAUAUGCUGUAGUUGUUCUCCUAGAAAAAGACUUAGUACUGAUUGACCUUGCACAAAAUGGGUAUCCUAUCUUUGAGAAUCCCUAUCCUUUGACUAUACAUGAGUCUCCGGUUACCUGUUGUGAAUAUUUUGCUGACUGUCCUGUGGAUCUCAUACCUGCACUCUAUUCAGUUGGUGCUCGACAGAAGCGUCAAGGUUACAGCAAGAAGGAAUGGCCUAUCAGUGGAGGCAACUGGGGUGUGAUCACUCAGAGCUAUUCAGAGAUCAUUAUUACAGGGCAUGCUGAUGGAUCAAUUAAAUUUUGGGAUGCAUCAGCAAUAACGCUGCAAGUACUCUAUAAGCUAAAAACAGCCAAAGUAUUUGAAAAAUCACGGAAUAAAGAUGACAGGCCAAACACAGAUAUAGUAGAUGAAGAUCCAUACGCUAUUCAGAUCAUCUCAUGGUGUCCAGAAAGUAGAAUGCUGUGCAUAGCUGGAGUUUCUGCACAUGUCAUUAUUUACAGGUUCAGCAAGCAGGAAGUGACAACAGAAGUCAUUCCGAUGCUGGAAGUUCGUCUCCUAUAUGAAAUAAAUGAUGUUGAAACUCCAGACGGUGAGCAGGUGCCACCUGUACCAACUCCAGGCACAGGCUCCAAUCCCCAACCCAUUGUUCCCCAGUCUCAUCCAUCUACUAGUAGCAGUUCAUCUGAUGGGCUUCGUGAUAAUGUCCCAUGUUUGAAAGUCAAAAAUUCUCCUCUCAAGCAGUCUCCAGGCUACCAAAUCGAGCUUGUUAUCCAGCUGGUGUGGGUGAGUGGAGAACCUCCUCAACAGAUAACCAGCUUAGCCAUCAACUCUGCCUAUGGCCUAGUAGUUUUUGGAAACUGUAAUGGUAUUGCCAUGGUUGAUUACCUCCAGAAGACAGUGCUCUUGAAUCUAGGCACUAUUGAACUGUAUGGCUCCAAUGAUCCCUACCGCAGGGAGCCACGAUCUCCCCGAAAAACCCGGCAACCAUCUGGAGCAGGUCUCUGUGAUAUAAAUGAAGGUACAGUGGUGCCAGAAGACCGCUGCAAGUCACCCACGUCAGGUUCUGGUUCACCAAACAAUUCUGAUGAUGAACAAAAAAUGAAUAAUUUUAUAGAAAAGGUGAGGACCAAAAGCAGAAAGUUUUCCAAGAUGGUAACCAAUGACAUAGCAAAGAUGUCCAGGAAGCUAAGUUUGCCAACUGAGUUAAAGCCUGAUUUAGAUGUCAAAGACAACUCUUUCAGUCGAUCCCGGAGUUCUAGUGUAACUAGCAUUGAUAAAGAGUCACGCGAGGCAAUUUCAGCUCUUCAUUUUUGUGAGACUUUCACAAGAAAGGCUGAUACAUCACCUUCCCCAUGCCUGUGGGUUGGCACCACGCUGGGUACAGUGCUUGUCAUUGUACUGAACUUACCCCCAGGAGGAGAGCAGAGACUUCUUCAGCCAGUAAUUGUUUCUCCCAGUGGAACCAUCCUGAGGCUAAAAGGGGCAAUCUUGAGAAUGGCUUUUUUGGACACCACAGGAUCGUUGGUCCCACCAGCACAUGAAACCUGGAGAGAACACCAUGAAGAUAAAGAUGAAAAAGAAAAAGCAAAAAAGCGACGACCUGUCUCAGUGUCCCCUUCUUCCUCUCAGGAAAUCAGUGAAAACCAAUAUGCAGUGAUAUGUUCGGAAAAGCAAGCAAAAGUUAUCUCACUGCCAUCCCAGAACUGUAUUUAUAAGCAAAAUAUAACAGAGACUUCUUUUGUUCUUCGUGGAGACAUAGUGUCGUUGAGUAACAGUAUCUGCCUUGCAUGUUUUUGUGCCAAUGGACAUAUUAUGACUUUUAGUUUGCCCAGUUUAAGGCCGUUGUUGGAUGUAUAUUACCUGCCACUCACCAACAUGCGGAUAGCCAGAACGUUCUGCUUCACCGAUAAUGGACAAGCACUCUAUCUUGUCUCACCAACUGAAAUACAGAGGCUCACCUACAGCCAAGAAACAUGUGAAAAUCUUCAGGAAAUGUUGGGUGAGCUCUUCACUCUUGUAGAAACACCAGAAGCACCAAACAGGGGGUUCUUCAAAGGCCUGUUUGGAGGUGGGGCACAAUCACUUGACAGAGAAGAACUCUUUGGAGAAUCAGCAUCUGGGAAGGCAUCAAGGAGUCUUGCCCAGCAUAUUCCAGGACCUGGGGGUAUCGAAGGUGUCAAAGGAGCAGCAUCUGGUGUAGUUGGUGAACUGGCACGAGCCCGGCUGGCACUGGAUGAAAGAGGACAGAAACUGGGAGAACUGGAAGAGAAAACUGCAGCUAUGCUUUACAGUGCUGAUUCUUUCUCAAAACAUGCUCAUGAGAUGAUGUUGAAGUACAAAGACAAGAAGUGGUACCAGUUCUGAUGACUCUCAUCAAUCACAUCUGUUUAAUUUUGUCCUGAUGAAAAAAUCUUGUUUUUUCAUUAAUUUUGGCAGGACCACUGAAAUUUAAAGGAGUAUUCACCAUCGGAUACUGUUGUUUCCUAGCACAAAUGACACACUGUUUUACCUCAGUCCUGGCUUUAACUGAGGAGCUUUAUAUCUAAGAAACACACACAAAAAAAGAAACUUGAGUGUUUCUUAGCUGUUGGUUAGCAUAAAGUUGGAACAGAGAAGGUAGCUGGAACAUGUGGGAAAGAGAGUAAAAGGAAAUCGUGGUGAGAUGGGCAGGGGCAAUGCAGGGUCAAUCCUGUGUUAAUAUUUCAUAUGCCAAAAGUUUUUGUGCUAUUGUAAUUGCUGCCAGUGUUAUACCCUCCUGUAAGGAGAGGCAAUAAAUCAGGGGUCCAAGAGCUGGAAUCGAGCUGUUUGUCUUGCUGGACAGUAGCUGACUUACAAUUGCCCUCUCUAGGACUCGCUAUAUUUACCAUUAUUGUUGAAGAAGAGUUGAAGUUUCCUGUCAUUCUUUCAUUUAAAAAGCUGGAAGCUUGGAAGAUUUCUUAUUGAAAAUUGUAUACAUAGUUGACCUGUGCAUAGUCUUUUCUUGGACCCCUGAUCUAGUAUUCUUGUAUUCACAUCAUAUUCUGUGACGUGCAAAACAAAAGAAUACGUAAUUUUUGCAUUAAAAAGUCAAGUGAAUAAUAUGACUGGAAUGUGUCAUGCUGGGAGUUUUCGUUUGUGUUAUGGCCGUGCAAUGUGAAAUGUGGUAACAUCUUCCUUGUGGUAAGAAUUCUUCAACUUCUGUUCAGUUAAAUAUUAUUUUUGCCAAAAAUGGUUAUUGGUUCAGGUUGUGUAACAUUUAGAAUUGGCUGUGGGUUCCAUUCAUGCUGUGAGUUUUUAUAAAUGUUUAACAGAAUGUAUCUUUACAGCCAUUAAUUGAAAUAGCUGAGAUAGUUUUGCUCAAGACUUAAGUUCGAGAUGCCCCUUUAGUCCUUCACUAUGAAAUCAGAUAGCCUUGGACUCAGGUUUUCAAACUUCUACACACCAUGGAGGUGCUGAUGCAUGAAUAAUGGCAAGCAAGCAUUUAAUACUUUAUAAUUGUCAGUAUGUUGUUUAGCCAAUCUCUAAGUUCUGCCAGUAGUGCUAUUUUACAAGUACCCGUCUCAGCCCCGUGCAGCACUAAAGGCAUUUGUCCUAAAGUUUGGAUUUAAUCUCUAAAGCAGUGUUUUCAUUGUAAGCAGUGGUAAAGUGUGCAUAAAAACUUUAGGAAUUGCUGAAAUAAUGUUCCAUUUGGGUGAGAUAAAUAAUACAGCUGAGCUAACUUGUUAAUGGCUACUGCGCUAAAGCUGUCUCAGUGUGAAUAACUAGGGCUCUUUUUAAAAGAGAGUAUUCCUUAAAAUAAAUGCUUGCAUUUCAAAAAUUCCUUUAGACCUUUUUUCUCAAAUCAGGAAUAGUCAUUGACUCGUUUUGUUUUAUAAAAGGGAGUACUUAGAAGCUGAUAGGUCUACAUUGUCUGAAAUUAAUCACUUAGGUUUGCUUCUCCAAGCAUUGCAUUUUGUGUACUUUUUUCACAAAUUUCCCGAAUGUUCCCAAAGCAAAACUUUGGUUAAAUUUGUAUUGUGAAGUGAUGUUGCAGGUACACAGAUAAGGCAACCUUACAAAACACCUCAAGGAUGCAAAAUAUUGAAGUUACUUAUGGUUCCUUAAAUCACUUUCCAAAUGAGAGAAAAAUAUGUUCGGGCUUUGAAGCACAAACGGAUAAAUUUUCUCACUUUAGGUAGAGCAACAUUUUAAAAAGACAGUUGAAUUGUGUUGCCAGUAAAAGGGCAUGCUCUACUAUGCCCACUGCUCAAAGGACUUAAAAAAUAAGAAUGUGACAAUUCAAACAAGUAGUAUUAUGAUUUCUUGAUAUGUCUGUCCCAUAGCUACUGAGGCAAUGUUUACUUGAGUUACUUAACUCAGUUUGCCAUGCAAUAUUUGCCUCUGCAUGUUAAUUUAUUUUUUAGUGUCUAAUUAAUGCCUAUUUAGCACCAUUUUGUGAGACAUUCAGGUAAAAGAAAAUGAGAUAAACCACUAUCCAUACCACAUCCAAAAAAACCCACCCUAGCUGACACUUGACCCCUUCCUUGUCUCACAUUUAUAAAUUGAGUUGACUCAUUAUUAUUUGACCUGCUGAAAAUAAAGUACAUUUCAGGGCAACAGAAUCGUGGGGAAUUAAUCUGGUCAGGCUCUGGGGGAGAGGAUUGCAAAAGCAUUCUUCAACAAAUUAUGGUAUCAAUCAAUGGAAGAUGACCUUGGCUUGAAAGGAAAGCCUACUUAACUUUCUCAUCAAGAUGUAUUUGACAACCACCAGCAAGCAAAAUAAUCAGAGGCAAUGAGAGACCAUCUGGCAGUACCAGAGGAAUAGCGGCUGAUUUGGUGUUACAGAAUCUAUCGUAGUUGAAUCUCUUCUGGUGCUUGUGUUCAGGGCAUGCUUCUAGAUAGGAAGAAUAAUGGCAUGGUUGUUCUUGAGAUAAAUGGUUCUUGGUCAAUAAAAGGGGCUAUGUACAAUUUUAGUCUAAAAUGUUACUUUUUCCUUCCCAGUGGAAGGAAGGCGAUCACACACCCAUCAUUGCAUCUUAUUGUGCUAUUGGUGGUGCACCUUUUGUACAGCAAAGUGUAUUGAAAUCCUUGCAGGGAAGCAUCCCUGGUUUUUUCACUAGCAUUUUAGUUGUGUGACAUUUUUUAGAGUGUCUGGAAAACUAAAAAAAAUACAAUUGAGCUAUUACUUUUUUUAAAAUGAAAGUAAGAAACUACCUGCUGCUACCUAUCUGUUUAUAUGUAGUGUGUCUCAUUAGAAACUGUAAACUGAAGAAGCUUUUCUUCACCUUAGUCCUGCCAAAUCGUAACUUUUGAUUCCUGGUAUGUGUAAAUAUGUGUGUAUUCCAAAUCAGUCUGAAAAUGUUACACCACAGGCAUCUCCAGUGAUUUGUUCUCAGCAAACAGUCAGUUAUAAAGUAGAGUAAUAUAUAGCUGUGUUCUUUGUCUGUCUUUAUGCAAAGUUUUUGUGCCUGAGGUGGUACUUGCAUGGCAGGUGAUUGGAAAGCUGCAUCCAAAGGAGGAUUUUUGGAAGCAAGUUCAUUUGCUUUUUUUUCCUUUUAGUUUUCCUUUUAUUUUCCUUUCUAUGUUUUGGUUUUGGUUUUUUUAAUUUCGUUUGUUUUGGUGGUGUUUUGGUUUGUUUGGGUUUUUUUGAAGGGUGGGAAUUUUUGUUUCAUUGCUUUUGUUUCUUUUAUUUUUCAUUUUUGCUUAAUUAAUGGCACUGAUCUUACCUGAACUUUUAAACUUGAAUUUUUCCUGCACUUUAAUUCAAUCAUGGUAUUUUAUUCCUUAAUUUUGUUUCUGCAUUUGUGCAGUUCAGGUUCAUUAUUUGUAUAUAAACACACAUGUUCAAUAAAGACUUUAGAACAGAUUACUUUCAGGCACCUUUGCUAAUUAUGUGAUUUAUUUAGAAUGUGUGUUUUCUUAGCAAAAGAUGUAUAUACAAUAUAGAAUCUAAUGAAAGGCACGUAUUCUGUGUCAGCAUUCAGUUUAUAAAUUACUGCAACACUUUCGCAUUUGUUACUAGAUAAUACAAAAGAAAUCUGUUAUAUUUAUACAUACUGCUUAAGAAUAUACUUUUAGUUUUAAAUAAUUUUUAUAUGUACACUUCUACCUUUAAUUUUAAAAAGACUUGCGUUCAAGUUUUAAGUCAAAGUACUUAAAGUAUGUAUAUUAUCCAUAGAAGUUGUUUUAAGCUUAUGAAUACAUUCAUAUCUCAUAUCGAGAUGAUACAAUUACUAAGCAAUUAAAAGAAAUAGCCCAUUUUGCUUUGCAGAAAAUAAUCAGUUAUUUUUACCUCCCAUUAUGAACUUCCUUGAAUAAUUCUCCAAGUAUGGAGCAAGAAGAUAGGGAACUAGCCUAAUAUUCAAGUUUUCUCAAUAGCUGCAGUCCAUGGCUGACUGGUUUUCUAUGGUUUGGGUUUUUUUCUGGUACACAUGAGUGACUUUUUUCAGCUCUAUUUCUUGGACUUUUAAAAUUCUCCAAAACUGAAGUGAGGUUUGUCCAAUAAACAUUUUCUUUGAGUAAUUUGAGUAUUUUGAUUAUACAUCAGCUCUUUACAUGUAAAUCAGGGUUGGUUUUUAUGUGGGUUUGUUUUGUUGGGGUUUUUUUGUGUCUGAAACGUGUUGGAAAAAUUAAAGAGUCUGUGGCUGAAGUGCCCACUACUUUCUGCUUGUAGUUUAACAUGUCUGGGCAGGCACUGACUGCAGACAGUCCAGUGUGGGAGGGAGGGACUGCAGUGCCUUGCCUCCCUUUCCAGGUAGAAGGGCAGCUGGUCACUCCAAUCUUCCCUCGUGCCAGCCAAUUUCCUGGGUAAUUGAUUUGAGUCUUUUUGGGUGGAUGUUGAUAACUUUGCUACUACCACAAAAUCUUCAAAUACUCUGUAGACAGAAAUUAAUGAUGUUUGAGGGGUGGAAGUGAACAGAAUCAGGGGAAAAAAGGGUGUAAUGUAGGUGAAUCAGUUAAACCAAUUUUACUUCCGUUUUCAUUGAAAAGCUGAUCUGGGCCGAUUUCUUCUUAAGCCCAUUAUAAAGAUGUGCUAUAUAUGUACCUUAUUACUGUUUCAAAUCCGAUGAGUGUACUGUUUCUGGGUUCUUUUCCACCUUAUAAAGUUUAGACUUAAAGAUGUAGGCAUUAAUUUUUUAAAAGUCUAAAAAAAGGAAGAGAAAUGAGGCAGAAACACGAAACAAUCAAAUAGAAGAUGUCAAUCAGUAUUUAUUUUAGAAGUUCCAUGUGCACCUAGAAACGUUUAAGCUAACCUACAGCUGUAGGUUACUUUGACAGUUGUAUUUUUCUGUUAGUACCUAAGUUCCAUAUUAACCAGGCAAAUAACUAGAAGUUAAACUGUUUCAGUUGAAAACACGUAAGAAGUUGUAUGUGGAUUACCACUACCAUUCAGUCAUAGGUGAUGGAAAGGGAGAGGGGUGGGAACAUGUUUUAAAUAUUCCCUUUUAAAACAGAAUUGUAAAUAAGCAGUACUGUGUUAUUUUAGACCUGAGCUCUGCUAUCUGUAGUGGUUAGAACUAGGAAAACAUGCUGCUUUCUGGUUAUGCUGCUGUUUCAUCGUACCAGCACCAUGGGGGAAAAAAUACAUCCGUAAAUUUUUCUAACAUUGCCCACUCCUGGGUAAGCAUGCUUGAUGUGUAGCAGUUCUCGUUUCUGUAUAUGUUAGUGUGUACAUGUGUGUUUUCUUUUUCCCUUAUGUUCAUUGCAACUUAUUCUUCAGUUAAGUCUUGCUGAGCCCCACUAGCUCUUCUGAGGAUGAUUACUGGAAUAUGCAUUUUUAGGUAGGGUUGCAAAUCCAUCUGUCUACAAAUAUAGUUUCAUAUGAACUGCAAACUGUACUGUUACAAACUCAACUAUGUUAGAUUGCAUAGAGUUAUUUUACUUACAUGUACUUGGACUGAACUAUGUCAUCAUAAUGAAGUUAAAAAAUUAAGUAUGGAAUAUUUUUGUAAAUAGAAAUACCUGUGCAGCUGGUAUUUUAAAUUUAAAAUGUAUUAUACAUUAAUGUUUCAGAAAAAAAUGUUCAUAUAUGUGUAUAUGAAUGUGUCAUUAUGCUGAAGGGCUCUUGAUUGGGCAAAAUAAACUAUUCAAAUCUCUCCUGAAA